CACCUUUACCUCCCCCAUAUCUUCCCCUUCUCACUGAGCGUAAGGUAGGCUGUUCUCGCCUCUAAAAAGCCCAACAGGCACUUCUACCUUGCCCAUUGACUGAGGCGAGAAUUGAAUACGUUUAUUUAAAUUCCCAUUCGGUCCCAGCCCCCUGGUCCCACCCUCACGGCUGUGAGCCAGUUUCUGGGGGAGAUAUUACAAUCGCUAAGCGACAACUUGCCCAAGGCUGUCCCAUAAUAAUAAUAAUAACCUUUGGCGGUUCCAGUUCCAAUCGGGGCGGAUAGGGAGACCAAAAAACUGAGAAAUAAGGUCAGCGAAAAAAAGAGAGAAAGGAAAAGGAAAGAAGGGAAAGGGCAGCAGCCAGCCAGCAGGCCAUCCUUUUUACCACUUGCUGUCCUUCCUGUCUGGUCGUUGGACUUGCCUUCUCUCUCCCACCGCACCUCAUCACCCAUUCAGCAGUUAUUGGGCCCAACAACCGCACACCUUACCACGUUGUGUCUCGUCUUACCUCCUCGCUUCACCCGUCAAUUUGUUGUGUUGCACCUGGUCUUAACCUCCACUUCUUCCUUCCCCUUCUUCUACCCUCCCAGCCCGCCAGCCGAGUUUAUUUUCCCAGCUCGUCUCACACCCUCUCCGACUCCACGGCCGACCACCACUUGGACGGCCUGAUCUUCCAUUCUCUUUUUACAACAACCUUCCCCCCACGGUCCUUCACUUCAAGGUUCGAACCCCCAUACACUAAACUCGAUAAUCGGUACUGGGAAUUUUUGCAACAAUGUCUACUGGAACUCCCACUGGUGGCUCGGGCUCGGCCGGCGGUGGAGAGAGAUCCAUACGCAAGCGUUUUGCGUCUCAGGUCAAGAGGGUUCUGAGCAUUAAGAAUAAGCCGGGCAGAUCAAGACGUUCAACCGUUUCCGAUGGUCCUGGCGAACCUGAUACUCCGACUACACCUUUGCUGCCCACCACUGCUGUUCCUCCAAUUGAAUCUAAACCGAGCUCUGUCGCCCGGCCGGGACCCGAACCAAAGGCCCAGGAAGAGGUAGAGCAGCAAAGGGUUAAGACUCGGACUAGACCCGCUGUUCGUCAACCUAGGACCACGAACAUCCCACCUCCUGCUGUGUCUGCUGCUGAGCGUGCUCAAGCUCUUUUCAAGAAGCACGGUUUGGAGGUUUCUACAGCUGAUUGGCCUUUGUCAACUGUCCUGCCCAGCGAUCGUGUUCAAAAGGAUAUUCGUAUGAGAGUUCAUCGCACUUGCCAUAAGUGCUCGACUUCUUUCGGUCCUGACAAGAUCUGCAAUUCGUGUAAUCAUAAGAGGUGCAAGAAGUGUCCGAGGCAACCUGUCAAGAAGCCUAAGGAUAAGGGCAAGGGCAAGGAGAAAGUUGGCGAGAGGUCUGGCCAGGUGGUUGGACGGAAGAAGAAGAAGAAGCCGACCUACGGUGUCACUCUCACGAUACCUAGUCGUACCGGUGGACAGGAUCUCGUUCGUAAGGCUCCACGCCAGAGGGUCCACCGUAAAUGCCAUCGUUGUCAGACCGACUUUGCCGGGGAGAAGAUUUGCAGGAAGUGCAGCCACACGAGAUGCAGGAGCUGCCCACGCGAGCCAUUCAAGAAGAACAAACCGCCCGGAUACUAUGAUUCAUUGGACCCCGAAGACAGUGAGGAGGAAAGGCAGCUUCCUACCCGCCCCCGUCGUACUUACAAGAAGCCCCGCCGUAGGAUUCACUGGAUUUGUACGAAGUGUUCUACGACCUUUGUAGAGAGGACAAAGAUAUGUGAAGGAUGUGGCAGUAAUAGAGAUGACACGGGCUUGAGGGAUCCUCCCAAAAAGCAACCUUAUAAACCGACAGAGGAAGACAUCCAGAGGCUGGAUGAGCGUCUCAAGCAGACGUCUCUUUCAGCCGCUUAAUUCUUCCACAUGCUCUUUCAUGAUGGCUCCUCUUAGGGAGUUUGCAACUUUAUCACGACUUUCUUUUUUCAACAUUAUUUUUUCCUGGGGCCAAUUGCCGGUCGCGUACUUGUGUAUACUUUGUGGUUUCACUCGGUACGGGCGAGUGGGGCUCUCAAUUCGUCGAUACAUCACGCUGUCCUGUCAAGUUAUUCAAAAACAGGUUCAUGAUGAGCAGUUAUGAUUGCAUUUCGUGCGGGUGGCGGGCGGUUGGUCUGACAUAACCAAAACGGGCAUUCUGGAGUUUGCUUUCAUUUUCCAUUAUUCUUUUAGUUGAUGAUACCUUGCUGUUUCGUUUUUCUCCCCAUUCUUGGGCGUUGUGUGCAUUCUGGAACGACAAUGUUUCCUCGCACACGAAUUAGUGUUUUUUUUGUUAUUUGAUCUUCCAAUACCAACCACCAUUUUAUUGUUAAACCUAUGUUUUGGAACCUCCAAUAUGGCGAAUGUGAUGAGAGGCGUUGAGCGGAGGAGAGGGGGGGGGGGAUUGGGCUCGAUGGCCUCGGUGCUUUUGUAUCUCGAGCUCUCUGCGAACAUCUCUUUGGUUUCCUUCACUCAUUCUUCAUUCAGUAUCUCGUCUCGGUUGCAUCCCUUGCUUGAUGGAUUGAUCACCGCGGUUGUUCAUGAUGUUACGAAAUGUGAAGAUCGACUCUCCCUUCUCCCUUUUAUAGAAA